AUGUAUCGCUGGAACGGCCUACCGGUAGAUCGUCACGCCGAGGCGGUCGCGCAAACGUUCGGGCGCCCGCCGGUAUACGACGGCAUCUUCUCUUGCUGCACCACCCUCUCGCUCGUUCGCCUCAGCGCAACCAGCUGCGAGAUCCGCGCCGCAGUGGUCGAGCACCGCCAACGUGCGUUCAAUGUCGACAAGCGCCUCCGCCGCUUCUUCGCGGACCCGCGCGCCUUCCGCGCGCUCAUGGCGCGCACUGGGAUGCUCGUCUCCGGCUCCUUCGCGCUUCAACUCUUCGACCGGACGAUAUACCCCUCCGCAGACCUAGACUGCUAUGUGUACGCCGACGGGAAAGUGGUCGACAUCGCCGCGCACCUCGUCCGCGAGGGGUACACGUACUGCCCCACCGAAGGGCAAGCACCAGACUUCGCGACCGACGCCGGCCACUUCCGCAACGGGUGGCCGACAGCAGACACCCGGCUCGCCACGGACGAAAAGCACUACGGGAUGCGGCACGUUGGCGUCGUGUUCCGGUUCAAACGCGCGAAGACGGCGCGGGCCUCCACGGACGACGCGCGCGAGGUGCAGCUCGUGGUCGCAACCAAGACCCCGAUGGCCACGAUCCUGUCCUUCCACUCCACGUGCGUGAUGAACGUGGUCUCGCACGCGGCCGCGUACGCGCUCUACCCGCGCGCGACGUUCGUCGAGCGGCACGCGCUCGACCUCAGCGACAACAUGCGGUACGCGACCGUCCGCGCGCUCGCCAAGUACGCCGGGCGCGGCUGGCGUUGA